CUGCUCUGCGUGUGCACGGCGCUCCCGACAAAAGAGGACGACGACGCCUCGGCGCGCGCGCGUGUGGCGCCGCGGACAUGAGUGUGGCGGGAAAGCGCGGCAUGUAGCUGUGACGAUGGCGGCCGUGCGCGUGUGUCGUGUGCUCGUCUGGGCCUCCGUGUGCGCGCUCUGGGAGGCCAAAUCCGUGCACGAGCAAUUUGAGGUCCAAAUCAAAGUACAGGUUUUGGACAACAGUGACUUGUCCCCGCUGGCCGAAGCCUCGGUGGAGGUUCACGCCAACCACAGCAUCCUGACGUCCGCUCAGGCAGACGGUGACGGCGUGCUGAGGGUCAGCUUCACGUACCGGGCGGGGACAUGGGUGAUCAUCAGCGCCUCCAAAGCCAACUACAUCACCAACUCGGUGCCAUGGUACUCGGGCCGUGUCCCCCUUUACGCCUCGGUCAGCUUGUACCUGCUGGCACAGCGGCCCGGAACGCUCAUGCUUUACGAUGACGUCCUGCAAGUUUUGUCCGGCUCACCAGCAGGUGGCGCCAAUCAGCCGCUGGUACAACUUCAGAGAAAGUCGCUGCAGCUUCCGCCCGACUCCAACGACACCACGCUGUCGGCCUCGCUGACCACCGCCAGGAGUCAGUAUGAGGUCGGCGACUUCCCGUUCCUGCUGGGCCGAGAGACCAACAGCUCAGCUCCUGAAGCAGUUUGGACAGAUCUGACGCCACUAGCAGUCAUCAGCGUUCAGCUCUUCGACAAAGACAGUGUUCCUAUCCAGGUGUGGGACUCCAUCCACAUCUCGGUUCCGCUUCCUGCUGACACCCGCAACAGGAUGGCAACCAGCGUUCCCACCUGGAUGUAUCAACCCAAGACAGGACUGUGGGUCCGAAAUGGGACAGGUUACAUCCAGAAGGACGGCUCUCGGUUUGUGUGGAACGUUGUGGUUCCUCAACUGGGUUACUGGUUAGCAGCCUUCCCCACCUCCUCAGGUUUGGGACUGAGCCAUCCAGGCCUGAGGGACAUCACCACCUACCACACAUUGUUCCUGCUGGCCAUCUUGGGUUCGUUGGCGCUGUUGGUGUUAGUCCUACUAUGCGUGCUACUCUACUACUGCAGGCGUCGGUGUUUGAAACCUCGUCGACAGCUUGGGAAGGCCCUCCCCUCCAACGUGAAUGGCGCCAAGAGGGACCAAGGCACGUCCACCUCGCGCCUCAAUCUCAUAUGCGGUGGUCACGUGGAGUCCGGUCCGUCUAACGACAAGUCGGAUCUGUCCUCCUCCCGAGAAGACUUGACCAAGCAUGUUCCAGCUCACAUGCUGCGACACGCCAAGGGAAAGAUGGCGCCCGCCUCCCAGCGUGGCGAAAGCUUCCCCAUGAAGGUCACCCGGGCGACAGACACCAACAACCUGGACAACCCGCUGCUGCACGAAGACUACAACCGCGGUUACGGUCCGAUGGAAGUUGCAGAGUCCGACUACCACCAACACCACAACGCCAAUGACAAUCGCGGUUACUCCUCUGACCCGCCAUCGCCGCCGCGCUUCCAAGGGUAUGUGCCGAACCAGCCUGACAAACCUCCGGAAUAUUCUGCGGCAGCAGCUGACAGCCUGGCCCGACCCACCUCCCUCAACACCCAACCGGGUCAGAUCAUCUUCUGCAGCUCUAUCGACCAGAUGAAGGAGAACAUGUACCGCAGCAUGGUGCCAACCCUGGUCAUCCCCGCCCACUACAUGCGUCUGCCCUCCGAGUUUGCCGCAAAAGAUGGCAAGGAGCAGAAGGAAGCGGACAAAGAUGGAAUCCAGAUGGGGGGCCAACAGCACCAUCAGGUCCAGAAGCAAGGCCAGCAGCAAAGUGCCUCACAUGGCGAUGAGUCCGAGGAGCUGAGCUGGGCAUCCGACACCUCAGGAGGACCUGUGACCAUCCCGGUGCUCUUCAAUGACUCCACCAUGGCUCAGAUGAAUGGAGAACUGCAAGCUCUGACCGAGAAGAAGCUGAUGGAACUGGGCGUGAAGCAGCACCCCAGAGCCUGGUUUAUUUCCUUGGACGGACGCGCCAAUGCUCACGUACGCCACUCCUACAUUGACGCUGGAAACGACCUCAGCUGUGCCAGAGAUGUCAACCUGGAACCUCACGAGCGCAAGUCUGCCAUCAACCGGAAAGGGAAAGACGAGCGCUGGGAGUCGGGGCGAAAGGCACACGGCGCCGGCAAAAGUUACUCCAAGCUGGCCUACCCUGACCAGAGCGACCCCAGCAGCGGCGAGGGACGCCCGGUGUCCCCCGAAGAGAAUUCUCUCACCCCCCUCCUGGACGACGAACCGUCUUCCCGAGGAUCCACUAUACCGAGAAAAGGGCGAAGCAGCCGGAGCAGCAACAGCGACGCCCGCCGUGACUCCGUGACCAGUCCUGAGGACGACCUGGAUGACAAGGAGGAGAACAAGAAGAGUCCGUGGCAGAAGAUUGAAGACAGACCUCUCAUGGUCUUCCAUCCCAGGAAGUGAGGAACCUUCUUGGUUUCAAGAAGCACAAGAACACACUUUUGUGUUUCCUGCUCGCACUUUGACCUCGGUGUCACGUCCCACUGGUAACCACGGUGAUUGGAUACCCAACCUUUUUUCUCAAACUUCUCCUCUCCGAGGUCAGCUUCCACUGCCGUCUUGUCCCGCAUUACCACUGUGGUCCUGCAGAGGCGCCAGAGAGCCAGGUCUUCCUUAGAUAGUUUGUCACCUGUUUGCAAGACCAGUAACGACACCACCUGGACCACUUCCAUUGGCCCCGCCCCCUGCCCCCCUUGGGCGUGGCUACUUGAAUCCUUGUCCUCUCCUCCAAGUGCCUUCCCUCCAGGAGGGUCCGCUUUGCAUGGAGGCUUCCACCCAGACCCGGUCUAGCGCCGCCUGCUGGUCCACAUCUGGCCCAUCUUCUUCUUUGUCCCACACCUGCAUGCCCAGAUCUUUGUGUGGAAGAAGUUGACCUUGUAAUAAAGCUCACUUCCGGUCGUC